AAGUACGUCAGCGAAUUACUCCUCGACAAAGCGCAUGAGCGUCGAAAGUAAGUACAAACCGUAGGAACCGCGCUCAAUACACUCAGUAUCAAGUAGACUUGGGUGAGCGCAACGUGUUGUGGUGCCCAAGUUAGUACCGAUCAAUUCAUUCGGCAAAUCUAAGUGAAAAUUCCAGCGAUCGCGAAGACUUUUACACAUUCAGUGCACGGACAGAGACGUUCGGGAUAAAAUCCGGGCGGUACUUCAAGUGAAUUGUGCGUGACCGUUUAAAAUUCCGAUUUCGGUGAAGUGAAAGUGGCCCGGAGAAAGUUCGAAAAAUGGAUUCACCGCAAAUGUACGACAACCAGCAGCACCAACAGGCUAGUGCGGUCAUCAGUCAGGACGCUAAAAAAUCAUCUGUGAUCAUGAACAAUAACAAUAACCUUACGACGCUAAACAACAACAACGGUAGUUCGAAGCAAACGCAGGCGUUGCUGAAGCAGCAUCAGCUGCAGCAGUACCAGUCCCACGGCGAGCUGAGCGAUCUCAACACCCCCGAGAUAUCGCUGGACCUGCAGAACCUCAUCGACGACAGCCAGUUCAGUGAUGGGUUAUUCACCGAGAUUAUGUCUAGCCAGGGAAAGCACAUUCAAAAUUUGCAGACCAGGCAGGUGAUGGGGGUGCACAACAACAACUACCCCCGCACCACCCUUGCGUACAUGCCGCAGCCAGUUCACAGUGGGGCGACCUACUCUGCCACGCAGAACUCAAACAGCGAUUCUAACAGCUCUGUAGGCAGCGAUGUUCCCAGCAUCAAGGAAGAGCCUGUGGACCCCCAGGAAUACAGGCGGCAGUCCUGCAACCUCAUACCUAACAGCUACUUGCCCGGAGCGUACAACCAAAACCCGGGCGCCACCUUUACGAACCUAACCCCCAGUCCAGUAAUCCAUCACCAGCUGAACAUGAACGCCAUGAAGAACAAAGCAGCUUUGAUGAAUCAGCACAACAUAGCGAGAAAAAAUAUGAAGCCCUGCGAUAAAAACAGCGAUGAAUACAGGCGAAGGAGGGAGAGGAACAACAUCGCUGUUCGGAAGAGCAGGGAAAAGGCAAAAGUUCGCACCAGGGAAACGGAGGAGAAAGUUAAAAUUCUCAUCAAAGAAAACGAAAGGCUACAAAAGAGGAUAGAGUUGCUCACGGAGGAGUUGAACGUGCUUAGGAGUCUUUUUUCCAGCGUUGGGGUUCUGCCAGAACAUGUACACAGGGAGAUAAAUAAGCACCUGGACUCUUUCCAACUUCAACAGCAGCAACAACAGAUGUCUGAGGAAAACAGGCAGAGGAUGAUGGAGAUCGUCCACGAUUACGGGCCGUAGCCUCCAAAUUAGUUGUGUUAGUUGUAAGAACCGAGAGCUUUAAAUUUUGAACAAAAUUUGAAUGACAAUUGAGCCUUGGAAAGGCUGAUUCGAAUGUCCUGAAGAGUCCCUUGAAUCUUAAAGAUUCUCUUAGCAUAUGUCGCUCGA